AUGACGAGAAAAGAAUCAUUGACAACUCGACAUUUGAAACGAUUGUCUUCAUCAAACAACUCGGACGCCACCAUGAGCUCAAUACCCGAUGAAAUGAUCUUUUGUAUUUUAGAAAAUUGCCGAAUUUUCGACAUUCUCACAUCCUUUCAAUAUGUCAAUAAGCAAUUUUAUGAACAAUGCAAAAUUUAUAUUGCACAAGUCCAACGACGUUAUGUAUUAUUCGGAUCAUAUCGCUAUGAUUUACAAAAACAUGAAUUGAAAUUCAUUCCGCAUAUAAUUUUUCCAAAAUUGCAAUCAAUUCUUUCAAACAUGUUGACCGAACACGCACAAGAACAACAUUUAUCAACAACCAAUUCUUUUGAUCCUCCGACCACAGCUCAUCCUAAUACAUCUCAAAUCCAUGAUCACUCUCAUGCCAAAUAUUUCAUCCCUUCUCAUACCAUGAAUUUAUUGGUUCAUUUCACAACUUUAUCCAAACAUUGGCGAAAAGGAAUGAAUAAUUUCAAAUAUCAUUCCAUACACAUGCCAUAUGAUUCCUUGUUUGCCUAUCCCUUGUUAUUUUCUGGAAACUCUAAACUUUCCAAAGGAUUGUUUCAUCAUUCUCCUCCACUCCAAGACGAGUUCAAAAUUAUUUGUGUGGAUUUGGAAACAUUUUCAUGUGUACGAUGGAGUUUGGAUUUGGAACCGUAUUUUCCAUGGGAACCAAUACCAUUGCAAGUUCGACAGACGUUUCAAAAUCACAAACAAUUGAUUAUUGUUGAGAAGAGUGGAUACGACCGUUGUCAUGGCAUUAAGGAAAAGCACGGGACAUGUCGAUUUUAUUUACAAUGUGACACUCGAUGA